GAAAUUAGUCGAGUGUAGUUUAACCGCGGUUGAAUAGAGGCGAGGCCUACAUUGAAUUCACUACAAGUCCAACACACGUCUCACUCAAAACCCUGAUAGAACCCUAGAAAUUUCUUGCUAUUUCUUUCCCAAAUCAAUCAAUCUUCCCCCUUUAAUGUCUCUUUGAGAACCCUGUUUUCACCUCAAUUUCUCAUUCUUCCGUUUGGAUUAAUUUAGAAACCAUGAGUAGUUGGAGAGCGCUUCUUCUUAGAAUUGGUGAUAAAGGUCCUGAAUAUGGUGGAACCACUGAUUUCAAAGAACACAUUGAAACAUGUUUCGGUCUGCUCAUGCGAGAAAUCGAACACGCUGAUGAUGAAAUCUUAGAUUUUCUUCUUCAAUGUGCAGAACAAUUGCCUCAUAAAGUUCCCUUCUAUGGGACAUUGGUUGGUUUAAUAAACUUGGAAAAUGAGGAAUUUGCUAAGAAGGUAGUGGAGACAACACAAGCUAAUCUUCAGGAUGCUUUAAAUACUGGAGACUGCGACAGGAUUCGUAUUUUAGUGCGGUUUCUUACUGUUCUUAUGUGCAGCAAAGUCGUCCCACCUUCUUCUGUUAUGGUGGUCUUCGAAACGCUAUUGUCUUCAGCUGCCACAACAGUAGAUGAUGAGACAGGAAAUCCUUCUUGGCAAGCACGUGCCGAUUUUUAUAUAAGGUGCAUUUUAUCCAGUCUUCCAUGGGGAGGAGCUGAGCUAAUUGAGCAAGUUCCGGAUGAGAUUGAAAGGGUUAUGGUUGGUAUUGAAGCUUACUUGAGCAUUAGGAAGCGUACUUAUGAUAUUGGCGUCUCUGUUUUUGAGUUUGACGAUGAAAGUGUGAAAGCUCGUAAUGAAAAGGAUUUCUUAGAAGAUUUGUGGGAUAGGAUAAAAGUGUUGUCGAAUAAUGGAUGGAAAGUUGACAGUGUUCCCAGGCUUCAUCUUCCGUUUGAAGCUCAACUUGUGGUUGGAAAGUCUCAUGACUUUGCUCCAAUCAGCUGCCCCGAGCAACCUGAACCUCCAUCAACGGUUUCUGGUAUCACGUGUGGGAAACAUAUGCAUGAAGCUGCUCUGAAGUAUCCUCAAAGGCUUCAUAGGCUAAAUAUAUUUCCUGCCAAUAAAAUUGAGGAUUUGCAGCCAAUUGAUCGCUUCAUUGUCGAGGAGUACUUGCUGGAUGUGCUUCUGUUCUUCAAUGGCUGUCGCAAAGAAUGUGCAUUGUAUAUGGUUGGUCUACAUGUGCCCUUUCGAUAUGAGUAUCUUAUGGCAGAGACAAUUUUCUCUCAGCUGCUUUUACUCCCUGAACCGCCCUUCAAGCCGAUGUACUACACUUUAGUUAUUAUUGACCUUUGCAAGGCUCUUCCAGGGGCUUUUCCAGCAGUUGUGGCUGGAGCAGUUCGAGCUCUCUUCGGGAGGAUCGCUGAUCUGGAUAUGGAGUGCCGGAUGCGGCUUAUCCUAUGGUUUUCACAUCACUUAUCAAACUUUCAAUUUGUUUGGCCAUGGGAAGAAUGGAUCCAUGUCUUAGACCUCCCGAAAUGGGCCCCACAACGGGUUUUUGUUCAGGAAGUAUUAGAAAGAGAAGUACGUUUAUCAUACUGGGAUCAAAUCAAACAGAGCAUAGAGAAUGCCCCAGAGUUAGAAGAACUACUUCCAGCAAAGGCUGGACCCAACUUCAAAUACAGCGCUGAAGGUGACAAGGAAGGCCCAGAACAUGCACUAUCCUCGCAACUCAGCCGCUUGGUGAAGGGAAGGAGUGUUGCACGUGAGGUUAUUUCAUGGAUAGAAGAGACAAUAAUUCCUGUUCAUGGUCCACAGAUUGCACUCGAAGUGGUCAUUCACACCCUACUUGAUAUUGGGUCGAAAAGUUUCACUCAUCUAAUCACCGUAUUGGAAAGAUAUGGUCAAGUUAUUGCUAAGCUAUGUCCUGAUCAAGACAAGCAAGUGAUGCUAAUAGAUGAAGUUAGUUCAUACUGGAAAAAUAGUGCUCAAAUGACAGCUGUAACCAUUGAUAGGAUGAUGGGUUACCGGUUAAUUUCUAAUCUUGCUAUCGUCAGAUGGGUCUUCUCUCCAGCUAACUUCGAUCAAUUCCAUACGUCUGAUCGUCCAUGGGAGAUACUCAGAAAUACAAUUAACAAGACAUACAACCGCAUCUGUGAUCUAAGGAGAGAGAUUUCCACCCUUUCUAAGAGUGUGUCAAAAGCUGCGGAAGCUGCAUCACACGCUAAAGCAGAGCUUGAGGCAGCUGAAACUAAGAUUACCCUUAGGGAUGGUGAACCAGUUCAAGGUGAAGGGCCUGUUAGGAUGAAACGGUUGACAUCUAUUGCUGAGAAGGCAAAUGAGGAGUUAGUAUCAGCACGUGACACUUUAGAGGCCAAGGAAGCUCUCCUUGCUCGUGCCCUCGAGGAAAAUGAGGCAUUGUUCAUCUCUUUGUACAAGAGGUUUUCAGAUGUACUUGCGGAACGGCUUCCUGUUGCUUCUCCUGACGGAACAAUACGUACUCUGCGAGGUCAGACUGAUAAUAUGGUUGUUGAUUCUGAAGAGCCAUCUGAGAUGGAGGUGGAUGAAAAUGGAAAAUCCAGGAAAAGUGAUCACUUAAAUGGGGUAAGCAAUGGCUACAACAUUGGAGAAAAAGAGCAGUGGUGUUUAACAACUUUAGGUUAUGUCAAAGCAUUUUCAAGGCAAUAUGCUGCUGAGAUAUGGCCCCAUAUUGAGAAGUUGGAUGCUGAGGUAUUUACAGAGGAUAUUAGUCCACUGUUUCGGAAAGCCAUUUAUUCUGGCUUGCGGCGUCCCAGUAAUGGAGUGUGAGUGAAUACACUAUUGUGGAAGUUCUGCAGUGAGAAGUUGGACGCAGUUGUUUCUCUUUCCCAGGAAGCUCUUAAUUCUGGUUUACAGUAGAACAUUCAAGGAUGAAAGUUUGACUGCUAGGUACAUUAUCUUGUAACAAAGAAGUCCAGAACCUAGUUAGUAAUUCGGGAUUCGGCAAACGUACGGAACGGUAAACGUACGAGUAUUAUACGGUUUUGUAAAAUUCAGAUUCAGACCAAAAUUCGGUCAAUGGGACGUGAUUCGUCAGUAAUUCGGAACGGCAUACGUACGUGUAUGAUUCGAUUUAUAAAUGUGAGUUCGGCUCUGAAAAUUCGGUAUCUAUAUAUAACAAAUAAUUUGUAUUUAUAAGGUCAUAGACCAAUUUUUAUGCAUAUGUGUGAGUUAUUUAAAGAAAAAAUAAACUUAAUAUGAUGAUAUUAAUAAUAUAUACAACAUUAGUUAUCC